UUGGGAGAAGAUUGCGGCCGGCUGCCGGGAAGGAAGCCUUCAAAUCUUCGUUGCCUUGAUUUUCAUCUAUAAGUGCCAGCGGAUCCGAUGCGAUAACGAAGUCCGUGAUCUGCCAGAUACUUACUACAGGUUAAUUUGUACGAGUAUUUGAAACUGUUUUCCCUUCGAACAGCAAUCAUGGCCAGGAAUUUCCGGAGUUGGGCUUGUCGAUUUUAAUCACUCAUUUAAUCUCGUCAUUGCCGUGGCAUCCGGUUGUCGUUGUAGCGGCUGGAUCCCUCCUGGUUUGAUGAAGAUAGUCUCGAAUCUCCUUGAUGAACGCUGCCACACACUAGUGCACAGCAGUUCCACCUCAAACUAGCUGUCCUGCUGACUAUCAACUCCCGCCUAAAUCCCAUACUCCCCUCCCCGUUUUCCCGGCCAGUUAACGCUCUCUUUUAUUUUAACCUGUCGCUGUGCCCAUAAACCGAUCGAAGUUUAAGUGGGGGAUUCAUUAAAGCCAGCCCGUACACUGCGGCGCGUGUAAAUAAGUACGCAACCCAUAGCCUGUAUAGCCGGGGUGUUACGUCAUCGCCACCGGUGAGCAUUAUAGGCCUGUAUGCACAGCAGCAGCGGAUAUUGGACAACAGCAGAAAAAUGGGUGUUGAACCAGUCGCUGUCGUGUCAAGCGUCAGUGCUGCUGCGGCUGAUCAUCCGGGCACCACUGGUGAUAACAACAAUUCCAAAUACCCAUCUGAUCCCGCCGCCAUGACUUCGGACUACGAUUAUCUGGUGAAACUGCUGGCGCUGGGUGAUAGUGGUGUGGGCAAGACCAGCUUCUUAUGCCAGUACACGGACGGCGUCUUUCAGUCGCGCUUCGUAUCAACAGUUGGCAUCGAUUUCCGGGAGAAGCGUGUUGUAAGUCAUUCAUCCAGCAGCUGGCUGCAUGAUCUGCAUCCCUUUUGGCAUUUGCGUCACACCCUGUUCGGCACAUACGAUAUAAUAGGAUUAUGCGCUUAUUUCUUUUUAAUUUUUUUCAUUUGCAAAUUUGAUAGAUUCCGUAGCCUGACCACGGCGUUUUUUCGUGAUGCGAUGGGCUUCCUUUUGAUGUUCGAUGUGACCAGCGAGGAUUCCUUCUUACAUGUUCGCAGCUGGCUGGAACAGCUGCGCACCCAUGCGGCCAUUGAAACACCGGAUAUUGUGUUAUGCGGCAACAAGGCCGAUCUGGACUCCCGUCGGAAAGUGAGUGAAGCGCGUGCACGGGAGUUUGCCAAGCAGCACGGCAUGCCGUACUUCGAAACCAGUGCCGCUACCGGACAGAAUGUUGCCGCAUGCGUUGAUAAAUUAUUGGAGUUGGUGAUGGUGCGAAUGGAGGAGUCGCUGGAUAAAAAAAGCAAAGCCGGUGGUGCACGCCAGAAAACCAUCCAGCGUAUUACUCUGCAGGAUUCUCUGGAGCCGCCGGACAGCAAAGGACGAUGUUCAUCCACAUGGUGUUAACUCGGAGUAACCUUUCUACUUUCUGCCACGUUGGUCCACUUUUUGGGGUUACUGGUGGUUCUUUUUCGGCUAAUGAUUUGCGACAUAGCAACGAUUAAAUUAAAUUUUAUAACUGGGUAAGGUUUAUGUUGUCCUGUUUAUCUUCCUGUGAGUCUACAGAUUUUUUUAUUUCAAAUUGAUGCAUUUCCUUGUACACGAGUCAAUUUGUUUUAGAGUUUACAGUCACUAUAUUAUGCUGGUCGUUUAAACGGUGAUUUAUGCCUUUUCUCGAAUCGUAACGAAGGUUGAGCAAGAGAAUUUUCAUUG